AUGAGUUGGAAUAUAAGGGGGCUGAACAGGAUGAAUAAACAAAUUUCAGUCCAAGAACUGUUUAGGAAGAAUAAGAUUGGUAUUGGUGGUUUAAUGGAAACUAAAUUGUGUGGUAAUAAAAUUGAUGAGUUCAUGGAAAAUAAAUUUCCUAAUUGGGACUAUUUCACUAGCCCAAGCACAGAAGGAAGGCUGUUAAUUCUUUGGCGGAAGGGGAUAGCUAAUUUGAGCAUCUUGGAAGACUCUCCUCAAUUGGUUCACUGCCAAGUCAAGUUGGUCGGUCACAAGAAUAGUUUCUAUAUCACGUUUGUUUAUGGUUUCCACUCAGUUGAUACUAGGAGGAGCCUAUGGCGUGAUCUAUCUCGUAUAUCACUUUCUGUCAAUGCGUGGAUGGUCAUUGGGGAUUUUAACGCUCCAUUUUCAGUUGAUGAUAGGUCUAGUGGUUGCUCUAUAGCAAGCUCUGAAUUGGUUGAUACUAUUGGGUGGAAAACUAUUGCUAAAGUUGAAGCAAUCAAGAGUAUGGGUUCUUAUUUCACCUGGACAAAUAACCAAGAAGGUUUAGCAAGGAUCUAUUCCAAAAUAGACCAUGCUCUUAUAAAUGAAGAAUGGCUGGACAUAUUUCCUCAAAGUUUGGCUGUUUUUCAAUGGGAGGUGGUGUCGGAUCAUUGUUCCUGUGUUGUUUCUAAUAUCCCUUUGAAGUCUAUGGGAACUAAACUUUUCAGAUUUUAUAACUUUUGGUCCAGUCACCCUGACUUUAAUCAGUUAGUGUUGAAGAGCUGGAGAGCCCCUGUGCAAGCUUCUGGUUUGAGGGCAAUAUUUACUAGGCUGGUUCGUUUGAAGCAUCAACUUAAGAAGCUUAACAGGGACUGGUUUGGGGAUGUAGGAUCAGACUAUCAAUUGGCUAUGGAAGCUCUUCAAACUGCCCAACUUCAUGCUCAAGAGAAGCCUCUAGACAUUCAGUUGCAAGAGGUAGUCAAGGAGAAGGCAUCUGAAUUUCACUAUCACGAACAAAUUUAUCAUAGUUUCCUAGUCCAGCAAAGUAAGAUCAAUUGGAUUAGGAAGGGUGAUGUGAACUCCUCUUUCUUUCAUGCAUUCCUGAAGAAGCGGAAAGCUGAGAAUUCUAUUGUUUCAUAUAUUAAUGAAAAUGGGUUAUUGAUAGAUGAUUUCAAGGAGGUGAUUAGCCAUUUUGUUGAGCAUUUUAAGCAUCAUUUGGGCAGUUCUAGUUCGGCUACAGGGUUAGUAGAUCAGAGAUGUGUUGCAUUAGGCUCGAAACUCUCAGUGGAGUAG